GUGUUUUAAAAGAGAUGUAUACCAUAUUUGUAGGAUAUUUAUAGCCUGGAAAUUUUGUUCUGUUUUUUGUUUUGUUUUGUUUUGUUUUUUAGAAUAUAUUCCAUUACAUAGGGGAUGCCAGAGAAUUUUGGCAUUUAAUGAAAAACAUUUAGAUCAUUCUGAAGUACUGCAAAUUACUUUUCUAAAGAGCAUAUAAAAUGGCUACUAGGGAACAUGGUGUUUUGUUUGUCCAGCUCAUAUGAUGUACUAGGAUUCCAGCAGAAAAAAAAAGGGGGCUUCUAUGUUAGGAGGAGAGUCCAUCUAUCAAAAUUUUUAAAUUGUGAUUUAUUGAUUGACCUAUUGAAUACCGGUUGAGCAUUUACCAUGUGCUACGGACUGUUCUAGAUGUUGGGAGAUGUAGAUAUGAACAAAGCAAAGAUCUCAUGCACAAGAAAGUCACAGAAAAGAAAAAAAUUAAAUAUGUACAUCUAUGCUAUAUCAGAUAAAUGUGAAGGAGGAAAAGCCAGGUAAGAGAUAUAGAAAGUGUCCUCAUAUGCAUUUUCCCAUAGUUUGAAAGUUUUAAAACCAUAGUUCUCUGACCUUAUGUCAAAAUGGUAUCAUCUCUUGUAAUAAACUGAAUUCAGUUUUUUUUUUAAAUGUGAUUCAACCAAUGGGAACAACUGUUCUGUCACAUACACUACCUAGAAUAUGGAAGAAAAUCUAGAAGAAUUCAUCCUCUUUGCUGAGAGAAUUUUAAGAAAUCACAUAGGUAUAUACUGUUAUUUUCACAUGAUUUAUCACUGUUGUCUUUGACUUCUCAAUUUUCCUAGCACCUCAGGCCGACUACAGGUUGGAAAAAGUAGGGACCAUGUUUAGGUUGUUCAUUGAUCUAUCAGAAGUUAGUACAUAGAAAGCUAAUAAUACUUCUUUGAAUGAAGGAAUGAGUAAUUAUAAUUAUACGGUUUUCCAAUUACACUGCCUCCUUCAAAUCAUUUCCAAACUCCUAAUAGCACACUGGAUUGUCAGAGAAUACAAUUGUAGCGAUUCCUCUGGAAGACAACACAUGGUGGCGCUGCAAGCUAAGGUUUAAAACCUAAAAAAAAAAAAAAAAGAACAGGAAACAGCUACAAACCCGACUUCCGAUCUAUAGCUGAAGAGAAAGCCGGUACGCAGAGUUCCGAACCAGUACAUCAUGCUACUCACCAACAUUUCCGGACAGGUUAUCAACUGAGAGAUCCACCACUGUCCCUAAGGUAGAGCUGGGCCCUGUUUCUGGACAGGUGUUUGUGGAAGUAAAGAUGGAGGCUGGAGGGGAGUGCUUCCCUAAACAAAGGCAAGUCCUGAUUCUCUUUCUCGUGUUGGGAGUGGCUCUGGCAGGCUGGGAAUCUCGUCGCUAUUCCGUGAUGGAGGAAACCGAGAGUGGCUCCUUUGUGGCCAAUCUGGCCAAGGAUUUGGGACUGGGAGUGGGGGAGCUAGCAGUGCGGGAAGCCCGGGUAGUCUCCGAGGAUAACAAACCCCACUUGCAGCUUGAUCUGCAGACCGGGGAGUUGAUAUUAAACGAGAAACUGGAUCGGGAGGAGAUGUGUGGCCCCGCAGAUCCAUGUGUAAUGCAUUUCCAAGUGUUGCUGAAAAAACCACUGGGAGUAUUUCGAGCUGAGCUACUGGUGAGAGACAUAAAUGAUCAUUCUCCAGAGUUUCCUGAAAGAGAAAUGACUCUGAAAAUCCUGGAGACUAGCCCUCUGGGGACCAGGUUUACUCUGAAAAAAGCCCAGGAUUUGGACGUGGGCACCAACAACAUCCAAAGUUAUAGUAUCAGUCCGAACUCUCAUUUCCAUGUUUCUACCCGUGCCCGGGGGGAUGGUAGGAAAUACCCAGAACUGGUACUAGACAAAGAGCUGGAUCGUGAGGAGCAGGCUGAGCUCCGAUUAACCCUCACAGCACUGGAUGGCGGCUCUCCACCCCGGUCUGGCACUGCUCAGGUUCGCAUCUUGGUAUUGGACGUCAAUGACAAUGCCCCUGAGUUUGCAAAGAUACUCUACCAGGUGCAGGUUCCAGAGAACAGCCCUGUAGGCAUGCUAGUUGUCAAGGUCUCUGCUAGAGAUUUAGACACUGGAACAAAUGGGGAAAUAUCAUACUCCUAUUUUUAUAGUUCCCAAGAGAUUAGCACAACUUUUGAGCUAAACAGCCUUUCAGGAGAAGUUCGUCUAAUUAAAAAAUUGGAUUUUGAGACAAUAUCUUCAUAUGAGCUGGAAAUAGAGGCGUCUGAUGGUGGGGGGCUUUCGGGAAGGUGCUCUGUCUCCAUUGAGGUGGUGGAUGUUAACGAUAACUUCCCAGAAAUAACUAUUUCAUCACUCACCAGCCCCAUUCCUGAAAAUUCUCCUGAGACAGAGGUGGCCCUGUUUAGAAUUAGAGACCGAGACACAGGGGACAACGGAAGAAUGACUUGCUCCAUCCAGGAUGAUCUCCCCUUCGUCUUGAAACCAUCAGAAGAGAAUUUCUAUACCCUGGUAACAAAUGGGGCCCUAGACAGGGAGAGCCAGGCCGAGUACAACAUCACCAUCACCGUCACCGACCUGGGAACCCCCAGGCUGAAAACCCAGCACCACCUUACGGUGACCGUGUCCGACGUCAACGACAACGCCCCGGCCUUUAGCCAGACGACCUACACCCUGCGCGUCCGCGAGAACAACAGCCCCGCCCUGCACAUCGGCAGCGUGAGCGCCACCGACAGAGACUCGGGCGCCAACGCCCAGGUCACCUACUCGCUGCUGCCGCCCCACGACCCGCAGCUGCCGCUGGGCUCGCUGGUGUCCAUCAACGCGGACAACGGGCAGCUGUUCGCGCUCAGGUCGCUGGAUUUCGAGGCGCUGCAGGCGUUCGAGUUCCGCGUGGGCGCGGCCGACCGCGGCUCGCCGGCGCUCAGCAGCCAGGCGCUGGUGCGCGUGCUGGUGGCGGACGCCAACGACAACGCGCCGUUCGUGCUGUACCCGCUGCAGAACGGCUCGGCGCCCUGCACCGAGCUGGUGCCGCGGGCGGCCGAGGCGGGCUACCUGGUGGCCAAGGUGGUGGCGGUGGACGGCGACUCGGGCCAGAACGCCUGGCUGUCGUACCAGCUGCUCAAGGCCACGGAGCCCGGGCUGUUCGGCGUGUGGGCGCACAACGGCGAGGUGCGCACUGCGCGGCCGCUGAGCGAGCGCGACGCCGUCAAGCACAGGCUGCUGGUGCUGGUCCGGGACCACGGCGAGCCGCCGCUGUCGGCCAGCGUCACGCUGCACGUGCUGCUGGUGGACGGCUUCUCGCAGCCCUACCUGCCGCUGCCGGACGCGGCGGCGGCCGAGGCCCGCGCCGACCCGCUCACCGUCUACCUGGUGGUGGCCUUGGCGUCCGUGUCGUCGCUCUUCCUGUUCUCGGUGCUGGUGUUCGUGGCGGUGCGGCUGUGCAGGAGGAGGCGGGCGGCGUCGGGGGGCGGCUGCUCGGUGCCCGAGGGUCCGUUUCCGGGCCACCUGGUGGACGUAAGCGGCACGGGGACCCUGUCCCACAGCUACCAGUAUGAGGUGUGUCUGACGGAAGGAUCUGGGACCAAUGAGUUCAAAUUCUUGAAGCCUAUCUUCCCCAAUAUUCUGAACCAAGACCUUAGGAGUAAGUCAGAGCCAAAUCCAACCUUCCGGAAUAGCUAAGGUAUCUGAAACUUUGCUGUUCACUUUUCUGUUAGUUUUGUCUCCUUCACCUUUCUGUUUCAUUUUUUAAUCCAGUAGUAAUUUUAAUUGUACUUUAACCCUCUUUUUCCGUAGUAAAUUUACUCUUUGUUUUUGUUGGCCUGAUUAUCCUAUGAUUAUGUUUCCAGGUAUUGUAUUAUUAGUAGACAUUCUAUAUCAGGAAAUUAAUAUCUCUGUUUAAAAUUUUUAUACUCAUUCCUAAAGGAUAAUAUGAAAAUUAACCUCUCAUAAUAUACAAUUCUGAUUUUCAAAGUAUUUUACUAACUAUAUGACAGUACUUAAGAACAUCCAAUUCCUGGGGUACCUGGGUGGCUCAGUUGGUUAAGCAUCUGACUUUUGAUCUCACCUCAGGCCUGAUCUCAGG